AGCGCUCAAUAAAUACUAUUGAAUUGAAUUGAAAUAGACCCCCAACUUCCAGGGCCUCUGCUCUCCCCACGACACCACACCGCCGUCCCGUGUGGAGAACGAGGGUCAGACGCUGCCCAAUUGGUCAGUCGGUCGAUUGUAUUUAUCGAGCCCUUGCCGUGUGCGGGACACCGAACUAAACGCAUGGAAGAGUACAGUACAGCAAUAAAACAGCCCCGCUCCCUGUCCACAACAAACUUACAGUCUAGAGUGGGAGACAGACGUUCAUAGAAAUAGAGAAAUGAAUGAGAGAUUUUGAGGAAAGUGAUGUGGGGCUGGGAGGGGAGAUGAAUAAAAGGAGGAAGUCAGAGUGAAGCAGAAGGGAGUGGGAGGAGAAAAAAGGGGGGCUUAGCCAGGGAAGACCCCUUGGAACAGCUCUGCUCCUACCCUGCCCACGGCUCGGCCUUUCCACGGAGGGCUCGCUAGGCCGGUGGGGGUGGGGGAAGGGGAUGUCACAUGGCCCACGGAGACCACACCCGAGCUUCCUCCUUUCGCACACCCCGGGCCCUGGUUCCUGGAGCAUCAGGCGGGGCUGCCAGGCGGUGCCCCAGGCCCACGACAUCUCGCUUCCCCACAGAAGGACGGUUUGCUGCAGGGGCAAGGGUGCGGCCUACAUCCGAAGCCGCCCAGCCCUCCCUUCCUCCCUCCCGCCUGCUCUCUCCGGCCGUCCAGCCCGGCCGGGCAAGGUGAGCAGCAGGAGUGGCCGCGGGCCGGCGGGCCAUGAGAACGGGCUAGAGGAUCUGGACGGACCCCAGAAGCGCCCCCACCCUGUAGGGACGGCACGGCGCCCCCCUCCUUGCCCGCUGGCGAGGGAGGCAGGGACCAUGUCGGUGAGCCGGAUGGCUCUGCUGCUGUUGCUGCUGCUGACCCAGAUGGCUUGUGGUGCCGGGCUGCCCACAGACCAGAACCGGUGGAACUGGAAGUCAGGCCCGGGGACCCAGGCGCCCGCCCGGAGCAGGAGAGAUAUCAUGACGGUGAUGACUCCCGAGGAAGAUACAGACUAUCAUUUCACCUUCCAGACGGAAGGCCCGGAAGUCCUGGUCAACAACACCCACGCCUCGGCCCCGCCGACCCCGGCCGGGACGGAGAGCGUGGAGCCGCCGACCACUGGCGGGCCAGACCCCGGGGAGACGGCCGAGACCUCCUCCCCGGUCAUAGCCACCCUAAACACCUCCGCUGGCCAGCCCGGGCCUUCUGUCGUGCCCGGUGAACCCCACUCGGAGCUUCCCACCGCCACCAGCAUGCCUGCCUCUUCCUCUGUGACCUUUGAUCCCUCCUCUCUGCCCAUCGCCCCCACCGACCCCUCCUCUGAGCCCACCGGCCACCCGGACGACUCCACCCUCUCCGACCGCCCCACCGCCAGAGACCCCUCCUCCUCUGACCCCCCCGACACCACCGGCCCCUCCUCAGAGCCCACCGGCCCCCCGGACAACCUCGCCCACUCCGACUCCACCACCGCCGGCGACCCCUCCACCGCCCCCCCCAACACCACCAGCCCCUCCUCAGAGCCCACCGGCCCCCUGGACAACCUCACCCCUUCUGACUCCACCGCCGCCAGUGACCCCUCCUCCGCCCCCACCAGCGCCAACGGCCCCUCCUCUGCCCCCACCCCCACCCUCAUCCCCACCAAGGACCCCUCCCCCGAACACCCUACCUCCAUCGAGCCCGGGAAGGCCCCGGCCCCUACAGCAGCCACCCGGGCCCCCACGAGCCCCGUGCAGAAGAAAACGGUCCAGCCCGGCCUCUACUUCCGGCAGACCCGGGCGACCGGCCCCCCGGGCCCUGAGGAGACGUCCCCUCCCCCGGCCCAGGCGCCCAGCGGUGGGUCCAUCCCGGUCCGGCAGUGCCUGCUGGCCAUCCUCAUCCUGGCCCUCAUCGCCACCACGUUCCUGGUGUGCACCGUGGUCCUGGCCGUCCGCCUCUCCCGCCAGCUCCACACCUACCCGCUCCGCUCCAGCUACUCCACCGAGAUGGUCUGCAUCUCCUCCCUGCUGCCGGAUGGCGAGGGGGCGGCCGGGGCCAACGGGGCCAUCGGGGGCCCGGCCCGGAACAGGGCGCCGGCCCCCACGCUGGGCCGGGGCCGCGCGGAGGACUGCGAAGGGGAUGACCUGACCCUGCACAGCUUCCUCCCUGAGCAGUAGCGCCUCGUCCCAUCCCGGACCGUCUCCGUGACCCCUGAGCCCUCGCCCCCGGCCCCGUCCAGGAAGCGCGUCUCGGGGAACUUGGCCCCGCCGAGGGGCGAGGCCGGCCCCCGGACGACCUCGCCCUCUCGCUUCCGUUUUCAGCCCCUGGAGCCUUUGGGGAUGCCGGGAUGGCGGGAGACUGCCGGAGACCUCCGGCAUCCUACUACUGGACAGAGGAGGCCUCCUGUUGUGCCUCGGGGCUUUAAUCCUGAACUUCUGGCUCCAUGAGGGGGAGACGAGGGAAGCUGACCGAGUCUCUCUUCUCAAUCUCUCCUGUCAGAUUCUGCUUCAAAUUAGGCCCCUCAACCUUCUCCUGUAAGCUUGUUGUGAGCAGAGAAUCUGUCUGUUUAUCAAUGUAUUGUACUCUCCCAGGUGCUUUAGUACAAUGCUCUGCACACAGUAAGCGCUUAAUAAAUACCACUGACUGGAGGCAAAGGUCAGUCCCAGACCCGGGCUGUGCUCACUGUUGGCCACUCUAAGCUGUGGUGGGGUCGAGACUUGGGGUUCUCUCCAGUACUGGGGGAACACAUCAUGCUUAUUAUUAAUAUUGUAUUUGUUAAGCACUUACUAUGUAUCAAGCACUGUUCUAAGCCCUGCGGUAGAUACAAGUU